AUGGACUUCUUCGACUCGGACUGUUUGUGUGAUUACACCAUCAAAAAGAAGUCGCUGAGUGACAUCUUUUUUCCAACACACAGCAGAGCACCUAUUCCACGGCAUUCCAAUGCAUACAAUGAUUUCUGGAACUUUCUGCAAAAACUUCAGCGGGUCAUUCGAAGCAAAUGUGAUCAAGGUACAUCACGGCUCCUGGGUUGUAGCGAGAACAGAAGUUCCGGCUGUGAGUAG